UGAACGCUUGCUUGACUUUUUUUUUUUUGUCAUUUAUCUUUUAUCUUCGGAGGUGGCGACCACAGACAUACCGCUUCGCCACGUAUAGCGCGCGGUGUGGCGCACACAUCCCCAUUCUCAAAUAAAUAUGUUCAUUCCCCUAUUGCUACUUUAAGAAAAGCGCUCCCAGGCAAUAGGUCGGUGUAAAACGUUGUUCGCUUAGACACCAGGAAAAAAAACGCGGGUCCCCCGAGGACCAGUUUUUUUUUGUUGCGUUUGUAUGCGAGAACGAUUGGCAACACGACGGGCUUAUUUACAUUAAAUACGCCACAAGGUUACAGUGCAGAUGAGCGUCAUUUUUAUCACUGAUUACUUCUCUUAAGCGCCGGAGCGGGUGACUGAUGCUCAGGACGCACAGCCCAACACAACACACUCGUUUAUCCUGGAGUUUUUAGACACGGGAGAGAAAGAAGAGCAGACACUUGAAACUGAUCACUCCAAAAAGAGGAUGGAGGAAUCUAGUUUGUGCCUUGGUGUGUCAUCGGCAGUGUCAGACACCGACGCCCAUCUGAGCAGCGCAGUGCUAAAUGGACGCUACCCCAUUAGCCAGAAACUGCACCAGCUCACCGCCCAGCUCGGACACACCUUCCCGGACCUUCAUCGACCCCAGCAGAUCCCCGAGGAGAAAGCAGCCACCCCGCUGGACGAGAAGUCCCACCAUGCAGCCCUCGCUAGCCAGCCUAUCAGCAGCCAGAUGGCUCUAUUAGCCAAUCAGCUCAACCGAGACAUAGAUGUGGCUGCGCUCAGUGGCUUGAACGGACGCGUGGAUCUGCAGCAGUUCCUCAACGGCCAGAACCUGGGUAUAAUGUCCCAGAUGAAUGAUAUCGAAGAUGACGCUCGCAAGAACAGGAAGUACCCCUGCCCCCUGUGCGGCAAACGUUUCCGCUUCAACAGCAUCUUGUCCCUGCACAUGCGCACACACACAGGAGAAAAGCCCUUCAAGUGUCCCUACUGCGACCACCGAGCAGCCCAGAAGGGCAACCUCAAGAUCCACCUCCGCACCCACAAGCUGGGCAACCUGGGCAAGGGGCGUGGCCGCGUUCGAGAAGAGAACCGGCUGCUGCAUGAGCUCGAAGAGAGGGCCAUCCUGAGGGACAAGCAGAUGAGAGGCAGUGGAAGUCUCCUGCAGACGGCUCAGCCCCUGCAGCACCACCAGCCCCACCUGGGGCUGAACAGCAACAGCAACCUCCACCAACAACAACCAGGCUCCGCUUGUGGCCUCCUCACCCCGUCGGGUCUCGGCACUCCAGACUCCUCAUCCCAGCCCUCGUCUUCCCCGAAGCCGGCCGGUGUGCAGGACGAGCAGUCCCUCAACCCCGCCAGCGGUUUCCGCUGCACCUUCUGCAAGGGGAAGUUCAAGAAACGAGAGGAGCUUGACCGCCACAUUCGUAUCCUCCACAAGCCCUACAAGUGCACCCUGUGCGAGUUUGCGGCCUCCCAGGAGGAGGAUCUGAUCGCCCAUGUGGAGAAGGCCCACAUCACGGCCGAGAACACACAGGGCCAGGGUGCAGGUGGCGCCGGAGGGGAGAAGCCGGUCAAUGAGUUCCGAUGUGAGGUGUGCAGCCAGGUGUUCAGCCAGGCCUGGUUCCUCAAGGGCCACAUGCGCAAGCACAAGGACUCCUUCGAGCACUGCUGCCAGAUAUGUGGCCGCCGCUUCAAAGAACCCUGGUUCCUCAAGAAUCACAUGAAGGUGCACCUCAAUAAGCUGGCCAUAAAAAAUAAGCCAGCCCAACCCAGUGAGCAAGAGAUGGCCACCGUCAACACCAUGAACAGCCUCGCCCAGGAAGCUCAUGCCAACCUCUACUCCCGCUACAUCUCCUGUCUGCAAGGAGGGUUCCUCUCACAGGACAAACAAGGCCUGAGUGAGCAGCACCAGAUGAUGGCUAAAGCAGGGAUAGCCAUGAAGGAGAAGGAAAUGUUAGGGAAGUUAUUGGGGCCCAUGGCAGCCGGCCUUGGCCAUGGCCUUGGCGAGAAUGAGAAGCGCUCACUCCUUGGUUGCUUGAACCUCGUUCCACCCCUUAAAUCCAGCUGCAUGGAGCGCCUCCAGGCUGCAGCGAAGGUGGCAGAGAUGGACCCCCUGAACAGCUACCAGGCCUGGCAAAUCAUGGCUCGUGGCAUGGCCAUGGAUCGGGCCUUCAUGCCCAAGGAGCAACCCCAACAGCAGCAUCACAUGCCCCAUGGACAGGAAGAGGAGAUGGGUGGCGCAGGCAUGCUUUCGUUCUCCAAGGAGAAACACGAGUACUCAUUGAUGGCCUCCAACGAGAGCUCCAAGCAGAAGCAGCUCUCCGAUGCUCUUCAGGGCUCCAAGAUCUCUGGCGGUGCCAUCAUGUCCAUGAAGGAGGACGGCGGAGGUUAUGAAGGCCACCGCGACUUCCUCUCCCACCACGGCAACCCUGGCGUUCCCGGGCUCGAUUACGCCCUGGCGGGCCUGAAGGAGAAGGCCACCGAGUGUCCCGACUGCGGCCGCGUCUUCAGGACCUACCAUCAGAUGGUGGUCCACUCCCGCGUCCACAGCAAGGACCGAAGAGGCGCAGAGGAGUCGGUUCAGCAGCAAGGCCUGGAGGAGCGCCGCGGGUCCGCCAGCGACCCAGAGUCUCAGUCCAUCAGCCGCUCCACCACCCCUGGCUCCUCCAACGUGACGGAGGAGAGUGCAGCAGGGGGAGGCCACUCCCAGACUGGCAGCGCCCAAGAUGACAGCCCGCAUCCCUCCUCACCGUCCUCAGGUUCAUCUGUGGGCGGGAGAAGAGGACCAGAACAUGCCCCAUGACCCCGUGCUGUCCCUGGACCCCGGCCACCCUAACAACGACCUUAACAACCACGCUA